AAGUUGAACAUAAGCUUACCUAUUGUCGAUACAUUGUUCAUAACUGAAAUAUGUCCAUUGUUUACGGUCCUUUUUACAGAUGUCAUAAUAAGGAAUUCUUGUAAAUAUACGCCCUCUUGAAUCACAGAGAAAAAUUAUACAAAAUGUGCAAUAAGUUAUAUGGAUUAUAUACGAUUUUACUAAUUUACCAUAUUAUUCAAUGUAGAUAAUAUGAUAAAAAGGUUAUGACUGAUAUGUUCAUUAUAUUCUUACGCAAUUUAAACAGAUACAAACACUUAACAAGUUAUUAACCUUAUUUUUGUUGUAAAUCGUUCAACUAAAAAUGGAAGAAGAUGAAAAGACUGCAUUUGAAAGUUAUGAAAGUAUAUCAACUAUUACUUCUGUGGAAGAAGAAGAGUAUAAACUGGAAGAAAAAUUAACGAAAGAAGGUAUUCUUAAAAUAACGAAAGAACUUAUAGAAAAAGUACAACAAGAACUAUGUCUGAUCAAGUUAUGCUGGCCAGAAAUUGAUUACACAAAAGAUCUUUACCUAAGAAGACUUCCAAGUAGUUAUUGUACUCUCAGUGAUAAAGAAAAGUUGCUUGCAUGGUAUGCCGAAAAUUUUCGACAACAGUUUCACGUAAAAUAUCCAAAAAGAAAACCAUUAUUAUUAGUAUGUGAAAAUGAAUGUGGUAUACAAGUAAGUAUAUUAUAAAAUUAAAAAAUUAAUAAUAAGAUAAUAAU